AGAUAUACGACUAAUAUACAAAAUGGGCGAUACAUAUGCAAAUAAUUGUAACAGUAAAAUACUGGGACACAUUGAUUUCAUGGAGAAACAAGAACGAUAUUACUUUAUGAAAUUUACAGCUGGUGAAAUGGCUAGACUCUCCAUUCUUAACGACCACGUUUUCCGAUAUUACAUGUCACCUUCAGGAGAAUUUCUAGAGUAUCCAAAACCAAUGAAUCCUACGGAUAAUGCAAAGAUUAUACACAAAGAAGAAAGCAGUUAUGGUGAUGCAGCUUUCAAACGUUCAACGUUGCAUGACACGGUAACCAAGUAUAUCGUAGAAACAAAGGAUAUUAAUAUAAUAUUUGAUAAGAUAACGGGAACAAUGAAAAUACACGAUCUAAGAACUAAUGGAGACGUAUUGAUUGAAUACAGUUCCUUAUCGUAUGUAAAUAACAUAAGCAAACAAACGAUAUAUCAACGGGCUGAUGAAUAUUUUUUUGGCGGUGGAAUGCAAAAUGGAAGAUUCACCCACAAGGGUAACGUAAUCAAUAUUACCAACACAAAUAAUUGGGUUGACGGUGGUGUAACCUCCCCGUGUCCUUUCUAUUGGUCGACGUACGGUUACGGUAUACUUCGAAAUACUUGGCAGCCUGGCAAAUAUGAUUUUCAAGAAAAUUCUAAUGAGAUUAUAACAACUUCACACGAUGGCGAUGAUUACGAUGCGUAUUAUUUCAUAAAUUCUAGUCCUCGUAACAUUUUAAGAGAUUAUUACGAAUUAACUGGCAAUCCUCUACUCAUGCCCGAAUAUGCUUAUUAUGAAGCACAUCUAAAUACGUUUAACCGAGAUUAUUGGGUACCGGUAAACUGCGAUGUUCGUGGUGCUAUUUUAUUUGAAGAUGGCAAGUAUUACAAAAAAUAUAAACCAAACGAGAUGGAUGGCAAAGAAGGUAUUUUAGAAUCCUUGAAUGGUGAAAAAAAUAAUUACCAGUUCUCUGCUCGUGCAAUGAUAGACAGGUAUAGGAGACAUGAUAUGCCUUUAGGAUGGUUUAUUCCUAACGACGGUUAUGGUUCAGGAUAUGGACAAACUGAUACUCUGGAGGGCGAUAUUGAAAAUUUAAAAGAAUUUUCAAAAUAUGCUCUUGAAAAAGGUGUCAAAGUUGCAUUAUGGACGGAGUCUAAUUUAGAACCCGCUGAUCCAUUACAUCCCAAAAAAGGUGAAAGAGAUUUGGGUAAAGAAAUCAGCGUCGCUGAAGUAGUUGCUCUUAAAUGUGAUGUGGCGUGGAUCGGGGCUGGAUAUUCGUUUGCUUUAUCCGCUGUUGAAAACGCUCAUAAUAUUUUCGUUAAGAAUGCAAAAGAAACUGCAAGACCUAUGAUCAUUAUGGUAGAUGGCUGGGCUGGAACUCAAAGGCUAGCUGGUAUAUGGAGUGGAGACCAGCGUGGAGGAGAAUGGGAAUAUAUAAGAUUUCAUAUACCUACCUAUAUAGGAUCAGGUUUAUCAGGAAUGCCAAUUAUUGGAUCAGACAUGGAUGGUAUAUAUGCAGGGGGUAUAAAGGAAAUAAACGUACGUGAUUUCCAAUGGAAAACUUUCACGCCAUUACAAUUAAAUAUGGACGGGUGGGGAAAUAAACCAAAAACACCAUUUAUUUUCGAUAAAGAAGCUACAAGUAUAAAUAGAGCAUAUUUAAAGUUAAAAGCGAUGCUUAUGCCUUAUAAUUACACAUUGGGAUAUGAAGCGAUCAAUGGCCUUCCAAUGGUCAGAGCUAUGUUUCUAGAAUUUCCAGAGGACAAGUCGUCAUAUACAAAUGAGUCAAAGUAUCAAUUUAUGUGGGGACCGAACAUAUUAGUAGCUCCAAUUUUUAACGGCACUUGUAAAGAUAUGUGUUCUAUCCGUAACGGUGUAUACCUUCCAAAUAAAGACCAAGUGUGGAUAGAUUUUUUUACUGGAGAAAGGUAUCAAGGCGGCAAAAUUUAUAAUAAUUUAAUUACGCCCCUAUGGAAAAUCCCUGUUUUUAUUAAAGAUGGAUCGAUAAUACCAAUGACCAAGCCGAACAAUAACCCUCGAGAAAUCCAAAGAGACCUUAGAAUAAUAACUAUUUAUCCAAAUGGUGAAAGCAAUUUUACUGUUUACGAAGAUGAUGGAGUAUCAUCAAAAUAUUUAGAGGAUCAAAAAGCUUUCACAAACAUUAAAGUUUCGAGUCCUAAACUAAAUACAAAUGGCAGUUUAUUAAUAACGAUAAAUAAAACAAAUGGCGUUUACACAAAUAUGACAAAAGAACGAACGACAAUUUUACAAGUCAUGGGUUGUUAUAAUAUUGGUCAUAUAAAAACUGCUAUAAACGGAGAAGGUAUUAUCUUAGAUAAAGUAGAAACGGAGGAAGAGUUUGGCAAAAAUAAUAAUUGCUAUUAUUUAAAAAAAGAUUUUGUUGUGAAUAUUUAUAUGAAAGAAUUCAGUAAAGAUGUUCUUCAAGAAUGUUUAUUAAUCAAAAUAAAAAAGUUGGACGUAACUUCUAAUGAAAUAAAUAUAAAGAUAAGCAAUUAUAAAAAUGAAGCUACAGUAUUUGGACAAAUAGUAAAAAUCGACAAAAAUAUCGAAAUACCACAAGAUUUUCAAGUUGAUGAAGAAAACACAUCAUUAUUUUGCAUUGAAAUGAAAUGGAGUGGGGUAAAUUACGUUCAGUAUUAUGAAAUUGAAAAAAACGGAAUUAUAUUUACAAAUAUUAUUGGUAAUAAAUUUACGUUCGAUAAUCUUGAUUUUAACAGUAAGCAUACGUUUAGAAUACGAGCAGUUAAUGAAAACGUAGUAUCAGAAUGGAGUCCAAUUGUUGAAGGGAUGACAAAAGACUCUAUUUUUAAAUAUAUUAUAGCAGGAGUAGAAGAAAUGUUUAAUCACACAUGCCAGUCUUUUCAGGAUUCAGAUGAUAAUAAUGAGUUAAAAAUGAAUCGUCAAAUAUUUAGCGGAAAAGUUUUGUCACGUAAUUUCGAUUUAGGUCAGGUGUACGAUGUUGACCGCGCAGAAUUUUUCGAAAGUGACGAUACAACUUGUUCUCUGUCGGAAAUAAAAUACAGAUGUUCACAAGAUAACAUCGAAUGGACUCCAUCGUCUGAUAUUUUGAAAUUUCAUGAGAUAUCUCCUAAAAUGAUAACAUUUGAUGGUUUAAAGUUUCGAUACAUUGAAAUUAUUGCGAUAAACGCCGAAAGUUUUGGUUCGGGUGUUAUAUUUUAUAAAAAAUAAACAACAGAUCAACAAGAC